GACCCGAAAAACCCACUAGUUUCAAGGAAUGACCUCGAAAGUCUUUCUCUUUUGAUAAGUCCGAUUAAUGUUAGUCGAGUUGUUGACGAUGGCCAGAUUUCGCUGCUUUAGCUAACACUUUUGCUGCAAAAAAUGCGCAGUCAAAGGCAGUUUAAAAUGACACCAAUUGACGCGUGCAAUUAAUCACAGAUAAAGAAGCGAGUGGAGAAAAAAACAGCCCCGUUCCGUACACAAAACAGAGCGACAUAAAUCGCGAACGAAAAAUCAGCAACAAAGAUAAAUGGCGCUUAUUGCCGGCAAUAAAAUCGCCGUAAAUCUUCCUAAGCACCCUCGCGGCAUUAGACAUGUUGUAUGUGCAUAUUCUGUACAUGUGCUUUAAAUGACACCCGGACUUGUAUUUGGGGAACUACCGGAAGCUUUUCCAUCGGCUGGAUCCUCUUCCCCUGCGUGUGCAAGCGUGAUGUAUGUGGAAUGCACUGGGUGCGAUGAUGAUGGAUCUCGAAACCCGUUUCACACAAUAGAUUUUUUCCACUAGAAAAUUCUGGAGGAAAACCAGCACCUGCACUAGAUUGCCAGAGUUGAAUAUUUAAAGUUGCAACAGUGCCACCUGAUUAGUUAGAAGAAACACAGUGCCGCCCCCCUGAAUGUAUGGAAUCAGCGCCGUGCAUGGCAAUUUUUGCUAAGGAAAAAUGAAAAAUUAAUCGAAAAAAUUAAAAUAAGUAUACCCCAAGGGGGGCUGCCAAGAAAACGCGGCCAGGGGUAUGUUUAUGGUAGAUUUAUUGGGAGGUCAAGGAGCAAUUACUCGUCACUUGGUGACGGGGGGCUAGCAAAGGAGGAUGCAUAGUAGGGGAGGGCAGGCGAUUGUGGCCCCUGCCGGCGAGGGAAACUUGGAGAACUUUUGGAGCAGCUCAACUCGACGCUCCCCUAAGCCCCAAGCCUGGCUAUAAAACCUGGAUGGACCUUCCGGCGGGCCGUCAGUAACCAUGGCUCAGUUGCAAAUCCUGCGGUUUCCCCGCUACAUGAUGCUGUUGGGCGGCGUUUGGCAGCUGCCCUACUUCGAAGAUCGCACUGCUCAGCAAGUCUACAAGCUGUACGGUUUGAUCAUUCAAAGUGCGUUUUUCCUGGCCUGCUUCUCCAUGUGCGAAGAAUUCGUGCGCCUGGUGCGCGCUGACGACAUCAAGCAGCUCACCGUCAACAUCAAGAUCACAUUCCCCGCCAGUUUACUGUGCCUCAAACUCGUGGUGUUUCAAAGCGGUAGAUUCUCCCACUUGCUGUCCAGGCUGGUGGAAAGUGAGGCAAGCUUUGCGGCCUCAUGCGAGCCAGGCACGCUCACUCUGUACCUGCAAUGUCAGAACUACGUGGAAAAGUGCUCGAAAGCCAUCCUGAUUCUGGCUGGGGGCACCGGCAGCUUCCUCAUAGUGAGCACCAUCGUGGCAGGCUUGAGCGGCAGCAGCGCUCCAGACCUGCAGAAACCCAUGAUGUUCCUCGCCCACUUUCACUUCGACCAGAAUCUGCACUACCAACGUGCGCUGGUGCUCCAGACCAUCACGGUGCUCCUGGCCAUCAUCUACUUCUGCCUGUGCCCCAUUCUCUACUUGGGAGUGCUGGGGUUCAUCAGGGCCCAGUUGCAAGUCUUGCAGUACCGGUUUAGCAACUUUAACUCAUGCAAAGGAAGUGCUGGCGAUGUGGAGAUGAUGAAGCAGCUGAUCCAGGCGCAUCAGUUCAUUAUAUGGUUUGUGAAGGAUUUCAAUGAGAAUAUGCGUUCUUUGAUUCUCAUCGAGUUCCUGAUAAGUUCGGUGAAUAUCGCCUGUGUGGCUUUUCAACUCAUAUCGGCCAAUCGAAUAACUGACGACAUUUUCACUCCGUGUUUCUUGUUCGUGCUGUUUGGGCAAUUGCUCGUGCUGGCAUGGCCGGCGAACGAAAUGAGCAUGGAGAGCUUGGGCGUUUCGAUUGCAAUCUACGACUUUCCAUGGUACCAAAAGAACAUCGCGAUCCAGAACAUGGCCAGAGUGGUUCUGUUACGCGCCCAAACUCCCCUCAGACUCACCAUUGGACUUUUCAACCCGUUAACAACGGACACGGUGAUCAAAGUGUUGAAUGGCGCCUACUCCUAUGUGACCAUUAUGACCAACAACAAGGAAGAAGCUUAAUGCACUCAGUGCCUGGCACCACCGACCCCAACGAACAGUUAUUUUCAUUUAUUU